AUGCCGUGGCUCUCGACCGUGUUUGAGAUGCUGGGCAGCUCCGCAGGGUCAAGGGGAGUCGAGCGGUGGUGUUGGAAGGGUGGGGGAGGCUCUGCUGGCGAUGCACGACACUGGAGCGCAACGGCGGCCGAGCUGGCCGGAGACGAGGAAGAUGGCCUCCCGUCGUCGAUUGCGGCUCUCGCUUCUUCUCUUCUCCGCCUCGCCGCAGCGCCAAGAAACCAAGAACCCACCUCUCCUUCCCCCGCGCGCCUCUGCUCUCCAGCGUCACCGGCGACAGAUGGAGCAGUUCCAUCACGGCCAGCACGUGCGGCUGCGCAGCCGCGUGCACGGCACGUACCUGCACGCCGACGAGGACGGCCAUGGCAUCAACCUCCGCUUCCGCCGGGAGUCUAUGAACACGGCUUGGGCGGUGCACCGGCACACCGGCACCCAGGCGAGGACGGACAGUUCCUGCUCCUCCACAGUGCCGCCUACGGCCACUACCUCGCCGCCACGGACGUGCCGGCGCCGCCCGGCCACCGCGGGCUCCGCGUCGAGCAGCGUGACUACUACCAUCCUGAGGUGGAGCCACUCGUUUGGCACGCCAUCCUGUCAGAAUCCGAGGAAGAGGUCUACCUCCGCCACAUCGGCGGCGCCUGCCUCCGCGCCAAUGGGAGGUACUGGAACACCGACGCCAGCGUCGACUACAUUGAGGACCUCGACAACAUCAGCAGGAAGAUGCUCUGGGUCAUGGAGCAAAUCCCCGCCAGGGAGGUCAUGCCUCCCCUUCCACGUCCGAUUGGGCUUCCCCACCCCAUGUUGCGGUCGCGGAUGAUCAUGUACAUGUGGCGGAACAUCCUCGGGGGCCUCAUCACCCGCGGCUCGUUCGUGUUCUGGGGGAGGUCUGUGUUCCGCCUGAGGAAUCAUCUGGUCAGGCGGCUGCGCCCCAUGAUAGACUUGGACGACUCCGAGCUCGUCAUGGGCCUCCCCACACGUGAUGGCCGGAUGUUUCCACUUGUCGUCGACCUGCCCAGUAGCGGCCAUACCCUCCACAUCUUCCUCACCAUCAUCGGGACGCCUGCCCACGAGGAGCUGCGGUAUGCGGAUGUCGCUGCAGAGUAGAGAGAUGCCCCUAGAAGUCGCCUUCCUAUCCACCUCUUCAGAAGUGUCGCCGCCUCGGACACGACUGACAUAGAGAUAUGGGUUCAGGAAAACCCAGCAGUUCAUGUGUUCCUGCUACUUAAACUUGGUUUGUUCUCCUGACAGUAGGAAACCUAUUUGCUUUGUCAUCAUGGUCCUAAAAUUCUGAAACUAUUUGUACAAUGGGUGCAAUGGCAUUGGUCUGUAAUGUGUUGACAAUGGCUACUACUUAAUUGUUGUUAGCCGCAUUUCUCUUAGAUGGAGAACAGAUGUGGUGGUUCUUGCAGUGAGUUGAGCACUUGAGUUUUGUU